AUGUCCUCCCUCCUAAAAUCUCUCCGCACCCUCUCGAUGGGCCCCUCGCCCACCCCCCUCGCCCUCGCUCGACCCGCCGUCCCAAAGCUCACCUCCCCCAAAACAACCAGCAGCAGAGCAUUCAGCACGACGCCCCCCCUCGGCGCCCGCAAGAACGACAAGAAGAACAAGACGGACCCGCGGAUCACACUCAUCCGGUACCACAUGCAGCACCAGAAGACGCCGCGGCCGCUGCGCCUGAGCCGGCUGCGCGCGCUGCGGCACUGGACCAUCCACCGGGCGUGGAUGCUGGCGCGCCGGCGGAAGAGGGAGGAGGAGGAAGGAGAACUCAUGCGAAUGCAUCAGAGUAUCUACAAUGCGUGCGAGGCACUGCGUACUAUGGACGCGCCAGGCACGAAAGAUGCUGGCAGGCUAUACCGGAUCGCGAUGGAGAAGAGGGGGAUCUUCAGGGCUGGGGGCGUGCCGAUUGAGUAUGCGAGGUACCAGACCGAUACGCCGGCCAGGGAGGCGUGGAAUCAUGGCUGGACGAGGUAG